UACAGCAAAGAAUAAGUCGAACUCAAGUAAUGAAUCCUGCAUCAUGAUUCACUGAUUCACAGCCCAUCUUCUUCUUCCUCUUCUACCAUAUUCAGACUGAACUUUUCAUGGAAACUAAUAUGUGGCUUCCAAAAAAACAGCCUUCAAAUUUGAUUUUCAUAUUUCUUACACCUUUGGUUCUGAUUUCAGUGGUUGCUUGCAUAGUAUUGCAGGCUCCUGAACUGAUUUCUUCUCCUUCGUCGCUUUCAUGGAAAUCUUUUGGCUUCUUUAAGUCAUAUUCUUUGAUUUCCUUCAAAGUAAACCGUAAUAGAAUUUUCAAUUUAGUUGGACAGGUUGAAACUUCACCUAAUGAGGGUUUAUUACAUCAAAAGCUGGUGGCAAAUGAAAGAACUGAUAAUAAUCAGUCUUCUCCAUUUGAAAAGAAAAGGGAGAAAGUAGUGAUCAAGAAGUACAGCAGGGUAGAGAGGCUAGAAGCCAUUUUGGCCAAAGCUAGGUCUUCUAUUCAAGAAGCUGCUAGAAAUAAAAGCUCGAUUUCGAACCAUCAAGAUCCUGACUAUGUUCCGCAAGGGGCUGUCUACCGGAAUGCCAAUGCAUUUCAUAGGAGCUAUCUCGAAAUGGAGAAGCUGUUCAAAAUAUAUGUAUACGAAGAAGGCGAACCCCCGAUAUUCCACGAUGGCCCAUGCAGAAGUAUAUAUUCAACAGAAGGAAGAUUAAUCAAUGAAUUGGAAAGGGGAAAUUUUUAUAGAACGAAAAAUCCAGAUGAAGCCCUUGUCUAUUUUCUUCCUUUCAGUGUGGUAGUAAUGGUUAAAUAUCUGUAUGAACCUGGUUCUCAUAAUAUGCAUGCUAUUGGACGCACUGUUGCUGAUUAUAUAGAUACAGUUUCUGGUAAAUAUCCCUUCUGGAAUAGAACUCUUGGAGCUGAUCAUUUCAUGCUCUCUUGCCAUGAUUGGGGUCCUCGUUCUACAUCUUAUGUUCCACAAUUAUACAACAAUUCCAUCAGAGUUUUAUGCAAUGCAAACACUUCUGAAGGAUUCAAUCCUCUCAAAGAUGUGUCUUUACCGGAAAUCAAUCUCAAGACUGGAGAAUUAACCGGCCUUAUAGGCGGAUCCUCCCCCUCAGAAAGAUCAAUAUUAGCCUUCUUUGCAGGCCAUUUACAUGGAGACAUAAGGUACCUCCUAUUACAGCAGUGGAAAGGGAAAGAUCAAGAUGUACAAGUCUAUGAAGAAGUUCCAAAAAAUGUUUCUUAUGAAUCAAUGCUUAAAAAGAGCAAGUUUUGUCUUUGUCCGAGUGGGUACGAGGUAGCAAGUCCAAGAGUUGUCGAGGCCAUUUACGCAGAAUGUGUCCCAGUUUUGAUAUCUGAUGGCUAUGUGCCACCAAUGAGUGAUGUGCUUAUUUGGGAGACAUUUUCAGUUUUUGUGGAAGUUAAGGAUAUACCAAAUAUCAAGAAAAUAUUGAUGGGUAUAUCUCAGGAACAGUAUUUGAGAAUGUACGAGAGGGUGAAGCAGGUACAAAGGCAUUUUGUUAUAAAUGGACCUCCUAAAAGAUUUGAUCUUUUUCAUAUGAUGAUUCAUUCCAUCUGGCUAAGAAGAUUGAACAUGAGAAUUCAUGAUUGAGGAUAUCCGGAGCACAUUCGGCAAUCCCUCGAAUAAACAUGAUUAAGGAAAAGAGAUGUGUCAUCGGAUAUUUGUCUACUAUCUUGUGCACUCCACUACAUGCUUUGAAAAUUCGAAGUUUAACGGAAGAAUUUCGUCGUAUUUUGGUUUUCUCUUCUUUUACUCUUUAGGUAACUAACAAGUGCUGAAUUUUACUCAAUGUCAAGAGAAAUUUCUGUAAUUUUUGAAAGCACAAGUCUUUGUAACUUUAAUUUGAAAAAGUCUAGUUAAUGCAAUUGUAAAAUAAUUUCUAAAUAAAUCUAU